CUCGAAGAUGGCAGAUGAAGCAGAUGACGUGGACACGACCAAGGGUGAAGACGCAAACAAGGAGCCGCGCUCGAGAGAUGAUGCUGCAGUGACCGCGAUGGGGAACGCGCUAGAGAAACUCCGCAUCUUGGGGUACGAAAAGGAAAUGUCCAAGAAGAAGAACUUCGUCGCCUUUACGGACACACAAUUUGCGCUGGUGGCACAGAAUGCAAGUGCUCAAUUCAAGAGCUUCCUCGAUGUAGUCGUGUUCCUCAUGAAGGUGUGCGAGCAAGACUUUGUCGUGGACAAGUAUGACGAUCCAAACACGAGCGUGAACAAGUUGAUAUUGUCGCUCAAAAUCUUGGGGUUUCCGCUGGACUUUCCUGCCGCAAAGCUCAAGCAAGGGUAUGGCGAAGCCGUGUGCACGACGCUCGAGUUUAUCUGCGACAAGGCACUUGCGGCCCGGGGGUUUGCUUGGGCCAAGCCAAAUUACCCGAAAGAAGAAUACGCCGAGGAGGCCGAGGUCGAUGAGAACCUCGAAGUCGAGGCGGAAGACGAAGUGCCCAUCGAGGAAGAAGAGGAAAUGUACACAACUCGCGGCAAAGUCGAAGACAACGACCUGGAAGAGUCAACCAAGCAAAUCAUUUUGACGACGGUCGACCCGUUACUCUGGAAGACCGAGCUCGAGCGAGUAGGGCCAAAGUUAAAGGCCAAGAUGAAGGAAGACGAAGGGAAGGAGUGGCACACGCACAUUGAGCAGACCAAAAAGCACAGUGUGACCAUCACAGAGAACCUGGCUGGCACCACGACGCAACUGAAAGCAAUCACGAGCCAGCUCUCGGAAGUGAUUCAGCGCAUGGCGGAGAAGGAAAAGCACAUCAACAACGAAUUCGAUAAUUUGCGUCAAGAGUACCAUCAGAUCAAGGAGAAGCUCCAAGCAAUCACGGAGCGGUGUAAAGAAGGAUCCGAGAAGGUCAACGCGAUGACAAACCAGCACUCGGAGAUCACGGAGCAGCUGCGUGAGACCAAGUCGGAUAUGGACAACAAGGGCAGCAAAAUGACGGAUACAUCGCCACUGGUGCAAAUCAAAGCCGCCCUUCAGACCCUCAAGGCCGAGAUCAAGAACUUUGAGCUGCGCAUUGGAGUCGUUGGGCACACAUUGUUGCAAUCGAAAGCCAAGCAGAAAGCAGCACAUGGCAAGCGAUCGAACGACGCAAGUCCGGUCGACCCCGAGUACGACAAUAGCGACGACGACUUGGACUGAAUCCUCAAGGAUAACUGUGAAUGUUUCGAAACUAAAGAGUGUCAGUUGAUUGAAUAAAAUAGAGUUUAGCGUUGCAAUAAUUCCGACCAACGAGAUAAAUACAGAUCCGACACCGGGAAUACAGACGCCACGCAAUGGGUGCCUUUACACGGUGAUAUGAUACUGGGCUUGGUUGAACAUGUACGCAUGCCCAGGGGUGGAGCCCCACAGCUCAAGCUCGUCGCGGAGAGCGCCGCCGAUUUCGUCUUGAAACAAGCCCUUGGCCUCUUCCCACCUCCAGCGCUGCAAAAUGAACGUAAUGCACCCGAGUUUCAACGACUUGAGGUCGUGGAUGUCGGCAAACACAAGCAUUGAUGCAACAUUCACUUCGUCCAGCAAAUUCACGGCAAUUCCCUACAGUUCAUUAUGGCAACCUCCCGUCAAGUGUCACUACCUGCAGGAGCAUGGACAGGAUAGCCAUGUUGAACGAAUGGGCAAGAUCAAGCAAUUCCAGCAGGUCUCCUGGGAGGACGCGAAGGCGGUCUGUGUACACAAAUUCGAGCAACGCGCGGACGGUAGACUUGGACUUGUUGAGCGACACGGUGCCUUGGACACUUUCGAGCAUACCAGUCUGGAGCAUACGGCGCAUGUGAAGAGAUCGCUUGAGGAAGAGCGAGUGGGCAUGCAGUGGCGGCGUGUCGGCGUCGAACAAAAAAACAACGUCGCUUUGGGCUGGUGAGUCCACAAUGUUCACUAUAUCCGUGUACCACUUCGACUGUUGGACAAUGAUCGAAUGAUCCACCCCUGGCUCAAUUGUCUUGAUAAUUCCGUUUGCCCACUCGUUCGAGACGAGAUCGAGCACCACAACAUCCGACAUUGGCUUGUCACUGUCAUUGCCAAUUCCGCCACACACCAGCAUGUAUCGAGCGCAGGAUGAC